UCCCAGUGUCCUUCGUAGUAGGUCCCUGAGCACUUUGGACUCCGAAUCGGUUAACAGCAGCAAGAAGAAAGAUGCUUCCCUACUUGUCUCAAUGAAACUACAGAGACAGAACGAAGUUUGGAGUGAAAACCGGGAGUGGAUCUUUGUACAAUGCCGUUCUGAGCCUUGCUCUCAUGUUGUUUUGUCUUGUGAAGUGACCUCCGACUGAUGUUGACCCUAAUAGGCUCAACCCACAUGGUCUCUACCCCACCAUGUUAAAGUGGACUGAUGAUGCCUCCCUCUUCCAUUGUGUUCAUCACCUGCCCUUUUGCUAGGAUCAGGGUCCAGAAUGAACAUAGCAGCUGUGUUGAAUGCCUUGCUAGUGUCUGUCCUUGCGGCUGUGCUGUGGAAAUAUAUUAAGCUGCGUGACCACGUCUUUGUGCUGGAAGAAGAGCUGGUUCUCACACGCCAAUCCCAGGAACUCUCUCAGGUCCGCAUUGACUAUCAUGCUGCCCUUCAAGCCCUGGUGGAAGAUGGCACCCGGAUGGUAUGCACUGGCAGGAUGCACACUGACCGCAUCUGUCGCUUUGAGUCCCUCUGUUAUUCUACAGAGGCCGAGGAAUUUGUCUUCUUCCACAGCAAUGCCUCCAUCAUGCUUCCAAAUCUGGGGUCCCGAAGAUUUCAGCCUGCCCUGCUUGACCUCUCCUCAGUGGAGGACCACAACACCCAGUACUUCAACUUUGUAGAAUUGCCAGCUGCUGCCCUGAAAUUCAUGCCAAAGCCUGUUUUUGUCCCAGAUGUGGCCCUGAUUGUCAACAGAUUCAACCCAGACAACUUGAUGCAUGUAUUUCAUGAUGAUCUCCUCCCAAUCUUCUAUACCAUGCAGCAGUUCCCAGAUUUGGAUCUGGAGACCAGGCUGUUUUUCAUGGAAGGAUGGGGUGAAGGACUUCACUUUGAGCUGUACAGGCUGCUGAGCAACAAACAGCCCCUCCUACGAGAACAGCUCAAAACUCUUGGGCGACUCCUUUGCUUUACCAAGUCAUAUGUGGGACUGUCGAAAAUCACAACGUGGUACCAGUAUGGUUUUGUUCAGCCCCAAGGUCCAAAGGCAAAUAUCCUGGUCUCUGGCAAUGAGAUCCAACAGUUCACUAAAUUCAUGAUAGAGAAGCUGAAUGUGAGCUUUGAAGGAAUGCCCAGUGAGGAUUAUAUUGUUGUGUUCAGUCGUACUAUAAAUAGACUUAUUCUAAAUGAGGCAGAACUUAUCUUGGCGCUUGCCCAGGAAUUUCAGAUGAAAACCAUCACAGUUUCUAUAGAAGACCAUACAUUUUCAGAUAUUGUACGCUUGAUUAGUAAUGCAUCCAUGCUGGUCAGCAUGCAUGGAGCCCAGCUGGUCAUGUCUCUCUUCCUGCCAAGGGGAGCCACUGUUGUGGAACUCUUCCCUUACGCCAUCAACCCUGAACAUUACACACCUUACAAAACGCUGUCUACACUUCCUGGUAUGGACCUCCAGUACAUUGCCUGGCAGAAUAUGGAGAAGGAGAAUACAGUGACUUACCCAGAUAGACCCUGGGAUCAAGGAGGAAUUGCCCAUUUAGACAAGGCUGAGCAAGACCGCAUCAUAAAAAGCACAGAAGUCCCCCGCCACCUCUGUUGCCGUAACCCAGAGUGGCUUUUCCGCAUCUACCAGGACACAAAAAUUAACAUUGCUUCUCUUGUCCAGGUGAUCAGGCAAACAGUGAAAAUGAAGCCUGGGCCUAAGAGGCAAAAAUGGACUAGUGGUCUCUACCCAGGUAAAGUCCGAGAUGCCAAAUGCCAAGCCUCUGUCCAGGGUACCAGUGAAGCCAAACUCUCUGUGUCAUGGCAAAUCCCCUGGAACCUUAAAUACCUGAAGGUCCGGGAAGUGAAAUAUGAAGUGUGGAUACAGGAGCAAGGGGAGAACACAUACAUGCCUUACAUCUUGUCCCAUCAGAACCACACCUUUUCAGAUAACAUCAAGCCAUUCACGAACUACUUGGUCUGGAUCCGCUGCAUUUUCAACAAAAAUCUUCUUGGACCCUUUGCAGAUGUGCUGUUAUGUAGCACAUAACUUUCCUUGAGGUUUGGAUGUUGUGCUGUAGCAAGGCACUUUAAUCAAGAAGAGCCCGGCCCCAUUAUCCUGCUGUUCUUAGGCCCAUGGGAUCAGGCUUGUUUGGUUUUGCCCCUGGGGUGGGUGGGAAGGGCACAGAUUUGGCAGACCUUGCUAGUGCCUCCGUGUCCAUUUGGCGUGUCUUCUCUGUGUGGCAUUAUUUCCAGUUAGCGUAAAACACUGUUGGCCCUUAAAUGAAGCCUGCAUGAGGCUAAUUCAAAUCGGAAUGAAAAGUAAUUAUUGUUAUUUUGAUUUCUCUCUCUCUCUCUCGAUUUCUGUCUCAUGUGUGGUGAAUAUUUUAUGCCCAGUUUUAUAUUGGCAUUUAGUUAUAUUAUUGGAUGGACUGCCUUUUUUUGGUAUUAUCUGCUGUUUAACUUGGUCUUUAUUUUUUAUUUAUUUUGAUUUCUCUGUGUGUGCUUCCUCCAAAUGUUUGUAUUCCAAAGCAAAGUAUUUGGUAACAGAGUAUUCAUUAAAUUGUUGAAAACCUC